AGGCCGGCGCGAGAAGCCGCUGCUCGCCGCCGUCCUCGUCUUUCUCCUCGCCUGCCUAUAUCCCCGCGCGGAGCUGCUGCUGCUGAGGUGGCGUCACCGCUCCGGCAGGCGCGAUGUACGGAUUCGUCAAUCACGCUCUGGAGCUUCUGGUGAUCCGGAAUUACGGCCCCGAGGUCUGGGAGGACAUCAAGCGGGAGGCACAAUUGGAUGAAGAAGGGCAGUUUCUAGUUAGAAUUAUUUAUGAUGAUUCAAAAACAUACGAUCUGGUUGCUGCGGCAAGCAAAGUCCUUAACCUUAACGCUGGAGAAAUCCUUCAGAUGUUUGGGAAGAUGUUUUUUGUGUUUUGUCAAGAAUCUGGUUAUGACACCAUCUUGCGUGUGUUGGGCUCCAAUGUUAGAGAAUUUUUGCAGAACCUUGAUGCUCUUCAUGACCACCUUGCUACAAUAUACCCAGGUAUGCGGGCCCCAUCCUUUAGAUGUACUGAUGCAGAAAAGGGGAAGGGACUCAUUCUGCAUUACUAUUCUGAGAGAGAAGGGCUCCAAGACAUUGUAAUUGGAAUCAUCAAAACAGUCGCUCAACAAAUUCAUGGCACAGAAAUAGAUAUGAAGGUUAUUCAACAGAGAAAUGAAGAGUGUGACCAUAUUCAGUUUUUAAUUGAAGAGAAGGAGUCUAAGGAAGAAGAUUUUUAUGAAGACCUGGACAGAUUUGAAGAGAAUGGCACUCAAGAGUCUCGCAUCAGUCCUUAUACUUUUUGCAAAGCUUUCCCUUUCCAUAUUAUAUUUGAUAGAUAUCUAGUUGUCACCCAGUGUGGCAAUGCAAUAUACAGAGUCCUUCCACAGCUCCAGCCAGGGUAUUGCAAUCUUUUGUCAGUGUUUUCGUUGGUUCGGCCUCAUAUUGAUAUUAGUUUCCAUGGAAUCCUCUCACAUAUCAACACAGUCUUUGUGCUGAGGAGCAAGGAAGGGCUGUUGGAUGUGGAAAAGUUAGAGUGCGAAGAUGAAUUAACUGGAACAGAAAUUAGCUGCUUACGCCUUAAGGGUCAAAUGAUCUACCUACCAGAAGCGGAUAGUAUUCUCUUUCUUUGUUCUCCAAGUGUGAUGAAUUUGGAUGACUUAACUAGAAGAGGGCUAUAUCUGAGUGACAUUCCACUGCAUGAUGCUACCCGUGAUUUGGUCCUUUUGGGAGAGCAGUUCAGAGAGGAAUACAAGCUGACUCAAGAGCUGGAGAUACUAACAGACAGGCUUCAGCACACAUUAAGAGCACUGGAAGAUGAGAAGAAAAAGACAGACACCUUGCUGUAUUCUGUCCUUCCUCCAUCUGUGGCCAAUGAGCUGAGGCACAAGCGCCCUGUGCCAGCAAAGCGCUAUGAUAAUGUGACCAUACUUUUUAGUGGCAUUGUUGGGUUUAAUGCCUUCUGUAGUAAACAUGCCUCUGGAGAGGGAGCCAUGAAAAUUGUCAAUCUCUUAAAUGACCUUUACACAAGAUUUGAUAUCCUGACUGAUUCACGAAGGAACCCCUUUGUUUAUAAGGUUGAGACAGUUGGCGACAAGUAUAUGACAGUAAGUGGCUUGCCAGAGCCAUGCAUUCACCAUGCGCGUUCUAUCUGCCACUUAGCAUUGGAUAUGAUGGAAAUCGCCGGACAGGUUCAAGUUGAUGGAGAGUCUGUACAGAUAACAAUAGGCAUCCACACAGGAGAAGUAGUCACAGGUGUCAUUGGCCAAAGGAUGCCCCGUUACUGUCUUUUUGGAAACACCGUUAAUCUAACAAGCAGAACAGAAACUACUGGAGAGAAAGGAAGAAUCAAUGUCUCUGAAUAUACCUACAGGUGUCUAAUGGCUCCUGAAAAUUCAGACCCACAAUUCCAUCUGGAACACAGAGGUCCCGUUUCCAUGAAGGGUAAAAAAGAACCAAUGCAAGUUUGGUUUUUGUCCAGAAAGUGCACAGAGACAGAGGAUGUAACGCAUGAUGCUAACUGAGCCAGGCGAAAUGCAAGAGGACAAAGAACAGAGUGGAACACUGUGUCCUGCCACUAAUACAGCCUGUUUGUAAUUAGAUGUGACUGCUGUUGCUACAUUUGUGUCUCUUCUGUUUGUUCAUCCGAACUGUGCCAAACAAUAACAUUUUCACUAAGCUCCUCUGCCCCCCCUCCCACCAUGCUGCUCUUUGGUCACUCCCCUUUUGAUAGUGUAGUAGGUCUUCUGUGGGUCUGUGUAUCUCAAUGUCUUUGGUCUCCCAUUCUUUAUCUAACACAAACUUUUUCACAUGCCAUAAGGGAUAUAGUGCUUCACACAUAUGCUUCUCAUCUACAUCUUUAGUGACUAAUCACCACGAUCUUUAUGAUGCUGUAACUCAAACUGUUUCUGCGAGGGAAAAAAUUCCAAUUGAUAGCAAGCAUCAUGAGCUCAGAGAACUGAUAUUUUUAUAGCCGUGAUUUGGCAUCUUGUUGUAAAGUUUAUACUAAUCCAUCUGCUUUCCUCCAAUCUGCUAUUGUGAAAUAUUGCAGUUUGUUCUAGAAGGUAGCUUCAGUACGCUGGUGGUUGCUCUUUUGCUAUGUAUUGACUGUCUGCUGAUGCAACAUACGCAUUUUGUACAUGGAAGAGAAGGGUAGGUUGUUUAAUAUUAUGUUAUAGUAGGAAAUGUGAGUCAAUUUCUGUUCUAAAUCUAAUUGUGUUCUCUCCUAUUUCUCCUACUGAAUUCUGGGGGUAAAGAUGAUUCAUGCAUACUUGCAUAAUAGGUUGUUGGACAACUUUUAAUAUAAUGCAUAAUGAUAUUACUUUUUAGACCAGGGGACAUUUCAAAGAAAAAAUUGGAUACCCAACCUUGAGGUCCAUAAUAAUGAAAAAUUUGGGGGGCUUUAUUCUGAAAUUCAGAAGUUUAUUCUGAAAUUAGGAGACCUAUAAUAAGUCACAGGUCUCUGUCAUUCUGCUUCUUGCAAGGCCCAUACAGAGGCAUUGGCAAAGAGUGUCCCAUGUGACAUAUACAGUAUAGGCAUGUGCAAAAUGACCCUGAAUGCACAGCAUGGUUAGGCUACAAAGCAUGGAUUAGGCAAAUAGCUGUUCCUCCCCACAAAAGUAUCCAAGAAUACAAGUAAGAUUGUUAUUGAAGAAAAUGCCAUGCUUUGUACUUUUUAAAGGAAGAAGUCACUCUCCAAAGGCACUAGGAAUUUUAAAACAUUAGGCUUCUACCAUACAGUCUUUUCUGUUGCCCUGUCCCUCUGGGCAGAGCACCAGGAAUGAUCAGAUGUGCAAUAUGCAAGAAGCCUAUUUCCACAAUUAGCAUGGUAGCAAAACCCGCUGUGCGUUCUUGAAGAUUCCCCUUGAAAUUUGCUUUCCCCAGGAUCUGGUCAGAAUGCUCUCUUGGGUGAAAUUGAGGCAACGGUAUUAUUUUAUAGUAUUUCCCGAUAAGUGAAAGAUAUGUUUUGGAUAUAGUUAUCAAGCCUUGUUUUAUUGCUUGAAAAAAAAGUAUGUCCAUUAUUAUAUAAAGAACCUUCAUUAUCCAGGUUCAUCAUAUGUGUGCCUACAUAGACCCGUGUAAAUGUGAGCUGCACUUGUAUUUUUAUGAACUUCUGCUUAUCUUGUAUUCCAAACCUGUCAGAACUAAUGAGCUCAGUUUAGAUAUAUUGUAGGAAUAAUACAAUGACUCCUAAUUCAUUUCAUAUUUUUUGAUGAUGCCUUUAUAAGAUAUGAACAUGUACAUAUAUGUAUAUAUACAUAAAUAUGAAUGUAAUGUAUAAAAUUUGUCAGUCUCUAGUUUAUAUACAUAUAUAUAUCUAACCAACAUAAAAUAUAUGUAUAAAUGUUUUAUGUUAAGGUGUAUAAGGAAGGUCUUUAAAUUAUGGGCUUUUUCUCACUGAAAGGGUUUCUCCCUGUGGAAAACCAUAUGUUAAUAUUGGAAAUGGUAUAAUAAAUAAAAUUUAUCCCCUA